AUGCAGCUGUGCCCGCUGUACCAAUCAACCCUGAGGACGCUGCCCCACUGGCACGAGUUUAAGGAGGCGAGGAAGUGGGUGGAGACUGAGUUGUUGAUCUCUAAGAAUAUGGACGUGAACCUGUUUGAGAGCACCAUCCGGAUUGUGGGAGUCAUGCUGAGCACCUACCACCUGACUGGGGAUGAGAUGUUCCUGGAGAAGGCUAAAGAUAUUGGGUUGAGGUUAAUCCCUGCCUUCGAAACCCCCUCCAAGAUCCCCUUCUCUGAGGUGAACAUUGGGAAGGGCACGGCCCACACACCUCGCUGGACGUCCGACAGCACCCUGGUCGAGGUCACCAGUGUCCAGCUGGAGUUCAGAGAGCUCAGGCGUCUUACCCACAACCCUCAGUACCAGGUGAGGCCAGAGAGAGGUGGUGAUGAGGUGAUGAGGCUGAUCCAUAAGCUGCCAGGGAAACAUGACGGCCUGGUGCCCAUGUUCACCAACACCAACAGCGGCCAGUUCACCCACAAAGGAGUGUUCACCCUGGGGGCCUGGGCAGACAGCUACUACGAGUACCUGCUUUAACAGUGGAUACAGAGAGGCAAGACUGAACCAGAUCUGUUGGAGGACUACCUAGAGGCAGUGGAGGGGGUAAAGAAGCACCUCCUGAGAACCACGGGCCCCAGCAAGCUGACCUUCAUAGGGGAGCUCAACCACAACCGCUUCAACACUAAAAUGGACCACCUGGUGUGUUUCCUGCCUGGCACUCUGGCGCUGGGUGCCCACAAUGGGCUGCCAGAGGACCACAUGGAGCUAUCCCUGCAGCUGAUGGAGACGUGCCACCAGAUGUACGUCCAGAUAGAGACGGGCCUGAGCCCUGAGAUCACCCAUUUCAACCUGCAGCCUUACGAGUGGCGAGACAUCGACGUCAAGCCUGCAGACAGACGCAUUCCUGAGACAGUGGAUAGUCUGUUCUACCUGUACAGAUUCACUCAGGAAACUAAAUACAGAGACUGGGGCUGGGACAUUCUAGAGAGCUUCAACAGAUACACCAGGGUGCCAAGUGGAGGCUAUACCUCCAUCAGUAACGUGCAUGACCCUGUGAACCCUGGUCCCAGGGACAAGAUGGAGAGCUUCUUCCUGGGGGAGACACUCAAGUACUUCUACCUGUUGUUCUCAGACGACCUGGAGCUGCUCAGCCUGGACAAGUAUGUGUUCAACACCGAGGCCCACCCACUACCCAUCUGGCAAUCUCCUCCGGUCUGAGACAGGACGUGAUGUCAUAGAGGAGUAGCUUACCACCAAGAUCCUGGUUUGAACCUCCUUUCUAGGGUUUAGAAGCCAAACGGCUGCCUUCUUCUCAAUGGAUCCGGCUUGACUCACUGUGGUGUGCCGGUGCACAGUCAAAGACUCUUCAAUAGGCUUUCAAGUGGAGAACUUUGGGUUUAUCCUGGGAUCGGGGUGAUGCCAUAGAGCUGGUCUCUGUUGUACUAAGGAUUUGUAAUUUGAGAAGAUGGGUGGCUUGCUGUUCAGUUCAAAAGAAACAAGACGACAGGUCUACGAAAUUAACUUAAAAUGAACUACAUGUAGGUUUAUUGCAGAGGUGGGAUGACUAGGAGAGAAAUUAGACUAAGCCUCCCCAGGUGCCUGUUUGAUUAUUUUCUAACACUGGACAGACAGUAAUAUCAUCCUCUCCCUUCCCGUCCCUGACGGGCUGACAAAGAAUAUGAAAUAUGGUGGAAAUACCUAAAGUUGGUCAUGGUUUUGCACAGAUUGUUCCUGUACAUUUUUGUUCAAGCAUGAGUCACCUUGAAGAAGUGAAUACUGAAUACAUCGGUUGGCAUGUUGAGAGGGAACGCUCUAUCUCAAGGCUCUUUCACUAGUCCCUCUCCUUGAUAGGCAUUACCACAAAUAGAAUGAGUAGAAUGGUCUCCAUUCAAAUCAAUGAUGCCGUAAUGGGUGGACCUUGCGCCCAUUUAACACUGAUGGCCUGCACAUGUAAUGUCCUUGAUCAUUGUUACACUUGGGGCCACAGCGCACAAUGACAGCUGUUUAUUAUGUACUUAUGGUGAAUGUGUCCUUUUUAUUGAUAUUUGUUUUUUGAUGUGUUUUUUGUGAGCACUUAUGAGAAGUCUAACUGUCCCGUAUCAUGGGAUUGUAUGAAGGGUAAUUGAGAGUGUAAUGUCUUCUAGGCAAUGAAGUAAUGGUCAGUUUGGAUAAUGUGAUUUAUCCAAUGCAGACAUUUGUGUAGCUAAAUAACUCAAUAUUGUUAUGUGAUGAGAAUUUAAUGCAUAUUUUAUUUGGGCCAAUAUGUCUGUAUCCGUCUCAUCAUGAGGGAGUUCAAGUUUAUGCAAUCGACUUGUAGGCUAGUCUCUCGUGACUGAACUGUGAGAUUUGGGUUCUGGGUUCCGAGCUGAAUCGACAUGCCACUGCCUAAUUAAAGUGAUGUGCUGCCACACAGCAUUCUCAUGUUUUA